UGAGGCUCAGGCUCAGGCUCGCGUUCUGCAAAUGACGUCAUACCUCAACUCCUCGCACCACGCCUAGCUUGCGUCCAGGAGGCAAGACAAUCCACCGUGUUUCACAUACUUCCGCCAUACCCUCACACUACUCUAUCCCACACUUCCAGGCCUGUCCCCGCCUCCCCAUGGAUCCCAUCGCUGCAACCGCACUGGCCUACACCGCCGAGACUGUCGUUGAAGGUGCUGUCGGUGCUUAUUUUGUCACGAAACCCACUCUACCGUUGAAAGUACACCUCGAGCAUGUCGCGACCGGCAAGAAUGUUGAGCGCGCCCAUCACUCCCUCAAUGUCAUUGGCACACAGGCCUUCGUCUUCGGUGGGAGGACCUCCUUAGACAGCUCGUCCGCCCUCGCCUCCAACGAAGUCACUGUCCUGAACCUCAACACCACCGAACAGACCACGGCUAGUGUAGAAAGAGUCCCAUGUCACACAGCAGAGAAAGAGCAAGGCGCGCCGGCAGCCAGGGCCCGGCACACUUCGGUCAGUGCGAGGAACAAGAUGUUCAUAUUCGGCGGCGAGGACGGGCAAGGCAAGCCAGUUGACGAACAAGGCAGACUGUGGGUAUAUGAUCCUGCCACCACCAGCUGGCUCUUCCUAGACCCGCCGCCAGAUACGAAAUUUCCAAGUCCACGGGCGGGCCACGCAAGCACUGCGAGCGACGACGGUAACGUCAUCUUCAUUCACGGCGGGAGAGACGCGGAUGGGAAGCUCCUGGAUGACACCUGGGCUUUUCCGCUCGAUCACGGCAAGUGGACGAGGCUGUCCACCGCACACGAAGCUGCCAGGUCCAGUCCGAGCUUAGCAUAUGCCCAGAACAAACUCUGGCGGUUCGGCGGCGUGACCACAUCUGGAGGCGAGAACCCCCAGGACGUCUUGCAGUGCUUGACCUUACCGCAGCUUGAGCCGUUCGUGCAGGCGGGCUUGGAGCCUCAGCAAGAGCAUGAGACGUCUGGCUGGGAGUCGGUAUCAGCUGGGGAAGGAGCUACAACGGGUCAAGGAGAAGACAGCAGCAGCAGGCCGCUAUAUCCAGCAAAUCGCAGCAUGACUGCAUUACAUCACAUCUCGACCGGUCAAGGCCGCGAGUACCUCCUUGUGGCGCUCGGCGAAGACGAAGCCCGCGAAGUGACGGGCGCAAGAUAUCUGCACGACAUGUGGGCCUAUCAGCUCCCAGCCGCCAUGCUGUCCGGCGCCGGAGUGAAGGAUGCAAUCAGGGAGAAUAUCCCCAAGGUAGACAGCUUCAAGGGGCAGUGGGCGCCCGUCGAGAUUACCAGCGUAGACAUUGGAGACGAGGAGAGGAAAGGCGGUAGCUGGACGGGCAGAGGUGCCUUUGCAAGCGCCAUGACGGGCACAAGGCAAUUUAUGAUCUGGGGCGGUAUCGACGAAAAGGGCGACGUGCUCGGCGACGGAUGGAUCGUCAAGAUCGCUACCGACAUCCUGCCUGGCUCCUGAAUCGAUUCCUGGUUCCUGAGUGUGAGCGGAGCAGAUAG